UUUUUUUUUUUUUUGGUUCUUUUUUUCGGAGCUGGGGACCGAACCCAGGGCCUUGCGCUUGAAAUGUUGAUUCUUUAAUAUAAAUCAUGGACAGUCUAGAAUUUUGAUAUAAGAGUUAUAUAUUUAAUACAAGGCAACAAAUCCCUUUAAUGCCCUGCUGUUUGUCAUAUUUGAGGCUGAGUACUCUGCUGGCCUGGUAAACAGUGUAAUGGCAUUGUCCACUGUAGGGAUAGGCGACUGCAAAACAUGGACGAGCAUUUAUGUCAGAGCCGUGUAUCAGCUGCUUUGGGAACAGGAGCAGGCAUGGCGGUGGGGCAUGACUGAGAACACCAAGGCACUCUUCCUGGAGGAAGUGGUUUGGUAGCCAGAAGUGGCCCAGUGGCCCUGUGUUCUCUAAGCAUCUUCCUAAGUACACGGAAGUCUUUUUGGCUAGUCUCUAUGCUUUUUGUCACUCUUGCCUUGUCUCCACACAUCCCAGUCAGAUGACCCAGAAUACCCAAUGCUGCCAUCCUUCGCCUCUUAGUUCUGCUGUGCCAUUCCAACUUAGAUGCAGCCAAUGGCCUCCUUCCGUUGGGUGUGCUUUAUGCCAUUAGACUUGCGAUGACGAGCUUGUUUUCUAAGAGAACCCAGUGUGGCUGUCAUCAGGGAGGCUGAACCCCCCUUGGGUGCCAAUGUGUGCGUUUCUCUACAGAGGGUAGUGGAAGAUGGUGUCCUGGAAAGGUGGGAGUCGGGGAGAGAGGAACCCCUGUGACGUGGGCAGGCAACCAGUUGUCCUUGGUCUAGUGUGAUCCUGUCCUCGUGAGCUCACAACUUCACUCCCAUGUUUCCUCCACGUGCCGAGCACUGUGCUAGAGCCUUCUGAAGCUGCGGUCUGGGCACUGUGGUAAUUAUAAUAGGGUGAUCACGGUUGCCAGGGAGAGAGAGCACAUGAGGCGGUGGAAGCUGGUGACCAAGGACGAGUCCUGUUCUGGGGAACAGGAGGGCCUUGGAAACAUGCAGUUUCAGGAGAGGCCUAGGUAGGUGAGAAUGGACUGGCAGUGACUCCAUGCAGCUUGCCGUAAAAGUCUUGGGGAGCAGUCCCUCCCAAGAAGUACACAUCGUCAAUGCAGGAAGCCACCGGAUGAGGACGACCCUGCUAAAGUGGAGCAUCCAGGCCAGAUGAUGGCUGUGGCCUCGCCCCCGCCCGAGCCGGAAGACCUCCUUAUCGUGAAGCUGGAGGAGGACUCGUGGGGAUCACGCUCCAGGCCUGAGGAGAGCAGCCAUAGCUCUGUCCCUGGCCCCGAAGUUUCCCGCCUGUGUUUCAGGCAGUUCCAGUACCAGGAUGCGGCUGGACCCCAUGAGGCCUUCAGCCAGCUCUGGGCUCUCUGCUGUCGUUGGCUGAGACCUGAGCUUCGCCUGAAAGAACAGAUUCUGGAGCUGUUGGUGCUGGAGCAGUUCCUAUCUAUCUUACCCAGGGAGGUGCAGACCUGGGUGCAGGCACGACACCCCGAGAGCGGAGAGGAGGCGGUGGCCCUGGUGGAGGAUUGGCACCGAGAGGCCUGGGCUGCUGGACAGCAGGGUCUGGAGCUGUGCACUGAAGACACCAGGUCCUUUGAAGCAGUUCAGGAGUUCCAGAGGUUCCAGCUGCAGCCAGUGGCCCACUGCUCUGAGAGACAGCCCCAGAAACAGAGGGUGGAGAAGACACAUCCUGGCCUUUCCAAGAUGCCACCUGAGUCCUUGAAAGAGAGUGCUGUCUUCACACCCCAAGCCCCAAGUGUUCCAAAGAUGGCGAGCGCUGGAGAUUGGGAGAUGGCAGCCAAGUCCCAGGAAACCCUGAGCCCCAGUAGACAAGCCCAGGAGGAGCCCUGCCAGGACCCCGAAGGAGAGGAUUGUGGGAACAGUGCAUGCCUGGGAGUUCCAGCUUCAAAGCCAAGUGUCGCCUCCCAGCACGAGCAAGGAGCAGAGACUUUGGGUCUGAGCCUUCUAAAUUUUGGGACUGGGAGCGCCGCAGAUGGUAGCGUGGACAGUGAGCAAGACAAGGCAGCCCGGGGAGCAGCCCAGGCAGACGCAAGGGCCUGGGUCGAGCCAUGCCAAUGGGGCACGGAGGACAUGAAGGUGUCAGGUGUGCACUGGGGCUAUGAGGAAACCAAGGCUUUCCUGGCCAUCUUAAGUGAGUCCCCCUUCUCUGAGAAGCUCCAGACUUGUCACCAGAACCGCCAGGUAUACCGGGCCAUUGCCGAGCGGCUGAGAGCACGGGGCUUCCUGCGGACUCUGGAGCAGUGCCGCUAUAGGGUCAAAAACCUGCUACGGAAUUACCGGAAGGCCAAGAACAGUCGUCCACCAGGGACCUGCCCCUUCUACGAGGAGCUGGAGGCCCUGGUGAGGGCUCGGACAGCCAUCAGAAGAACCACAGGUGGGCCAGGAGAGGCGGUAGCACUCGCCAGGCUGGGUGACAGCGACACUGAGAUGGAUGACCAAGACGAAGGGAGCUGGGAGUCUGAGGAGGCAACGCAGGACUGCAGUGGUUCUGGUCUGGCCGCCGAGGAGUCCAUUCACGGGCCCAGGAUUGCAGGGGGCCCAGCUCUGCUCCAGAGCCGUAUUGCAGGCAUGCACUGGGGCUUCGAAGAGACCAAGGUCUUUCUGGCAAUCCUCAGUGAGUCCCCCUUCUCGGAAAAGCUUCGUACCUGUCACCAGAACAGCCAGAUAUACCGGGCCAUUGCGGAGCGGCUGCGGGCACUGGGUUUCCUGCGGACACUGGAGCAGUGCCGCUACAGAUUCAAAAACCUUCUUCGAAGCUACAGGAAAGCCAAGAGCAGUCGUCCACCGGGAAUCUGCCCUUUCUAUGAGGAGAUGGACUCACUGAUGAGGGCUCGGACUGUGAUCAGGGCCAUGGAGACGGUAGGAGAGGCCAUAGGUCUUCCUGGACCUGGGCAGAGCGGUACUGAGGCUGAUGACCAAGAGGCCUGGGGCGAGAUGGAAGACGCGGGUGCCAUUAGACUUCUGACUCCAGAUUCCCAGACUCCAGGUUUUGAGUUGAAGCCUGAGGAUGAAUACCAGAUUUCAGAGCGGGAUGAUUUGGGGGAUUCGCCUGGAGCCUUGUCAAGAUACACCAGAGAAGCUGUUUGCCAGCCUCACGGCUGGAGGGAGGACCAUGAGAAUGGAGACGAGGGGGAGUGGAGGAACACUCUCCCAUGGGACGAGUGCUCUUCUGAGGAGGACUUAGAAAAACUCAUUGACCACCAAGGCCUAUACCUCACAGAGGAACCCUACAGAUGUGACACACAUGUGAAGAGCUUCAGUCGGAAAGUGCAUUGCUUUGCCCCCCAACGGAUCCAUGCAGGUGAAAAGCCCUACAAGUGUCUGGACACUGGGAAGAGUUUUAGUGACCAUGCCAACCUCAGUACCCACCAGAGAAUCCAUGUUGGAGAGAAGCCUUACAGAUGCCUGGAGUGUGGGAAGAGCUUCAAUGACCCCUCUAACCUCAUCACCCACCAGAGAACGCACACAGGGGAAAAGCCCUAUAAAUAUGGGGUGUGUUGGAAAAGUUUCACCGAGAGCUCAAACCGACUGAAACCUCAGCGCAUCCACUUGCAAGGAACUCCUGACCAGCGAAAUGAGCCUGGGGAGGACUUUGGCCAAAGUCCAUCAUUUAGUGCUUACUGGAGAGAUUCUACACGGGAGAGACCUAAACAACCUCAGAAUAUCAGCAUGGGUGCAGACUCUCCUGGAGCCUGUCACCCCAACUCAGGGGAGAAGCUGUACCCGUGCCCUGAAUGUGGAAGGUGCUUCUCUAAGAACUCUGCCCUCAUGAGUCACCAGAGAAUCCACACAGGCGAGAAGCCAUACGAGUGUGUGGAGUGUGGGAGGAGCUUCAGUAAGAGCUCCAGCCUGGCUAACCACCUACGAACUCACACCGGUGAGAAGCCACAUAAGUGUGCGGACUGUGGAAAGUGCUUCAGCGAGCGUUCCAAGCUCAUCACCCACCAUAGGGUCCACACGGGAGAGAAGCCCUACAAGUGCCCGGAGUGUGGAAAGUUCUUCAGAGACCGGUCCAACCUCAUCACCCACCAGAGAAUUCACACAGGAGAGAAGCCGUAUAAGUGCAGAGAGUGUGGAAAGUGCUUUAACCAGAGUUCCAGUCUCAAUAUUCACCAGAGGAUCCACACCGGGGAGAAACCCUACAAGUGCACAGAAUGUGGCAAAGACUUCAACAACAGCUCCCACUUCAGUGCCCACCGCAGAACCCAUACGGGAGGGAAAGCUCCUCCCAACUGAAGAGCAAUAAUAUGUAUCUAUACCUCCCAUGUUUCUAAAACAUGCUAAAAGAAACCUUCCUAUGUUUAAGCUUGGUGUAAACUUAAAAGAUGCCAUCUUGGUAAAACUCCAGUAAUUUGGAGAUGAAUUACAACUACUAAGGAUUGAAGUUUGAAAUACUUCUCAAGUGUAAUUUGGUUUGCACACCCUCAACACACCUAGAAUCCCCAGGCUGUCCUUACAUCGGCUGUCACUUGAGAGCUUAGUCAGUGAGGCAGAUGGGUGAUGUGGGGGUUAGAGUUGAACCCAUGGCCCAACGUAUUGAUUCCAGUUUCUUCCUCUGCCUUCACUGCCCUUCCUAUGGAAAGCAGUUCUUGUUCUUGGUAGUUUGCAGUUGGGGCAAAUCCUCACAGGGAAACCUUGACUCCUCACAGUGAGAGGAGGUGUAAAUUGAGAACCAGCAAGUGAGGAAGCAGUGACAUCAUCACAGAAUAAUUAUUUAUAGCAGAAAAAGCUGUUUUUUGGCAGCCAGUACGCCAAGUGCCUUAUGUAUCAUCUCAUUUAAUCCUCAAAGCAGUCCUACUUCCCAGAGUAGAAAACCGAGGACUAGGAAAGUCAGGAGACCUGCAUUAAUAACACAUCUGAAAAUGGGGGAGGCAGAAUUUAUCAAGACUCCUGUGCCGCAGGGCCUAAGUGGUUGUGUUCCCCCAAGUCCUCUUACAUGGGGGCAGGUAGGUGGUACUAGGAUCUCAAAGUAUGAUCAUCAAGGAACUCUCCCUUUCACAAUGGAAGUUGAGAGUUCCUGCAGAUCAGAGGAUUUGGUACGUUCAGAAUUGGUGAGGCACUCUGCAUGAGGCUGAGUUGUUACCAGAGUGACGAGAGGAGUCACCAUCUUUGGAGGAAUAUGGGUGAGAGAGGUAGGUAGACAGAGCCUGGUAUAUCUUGCAGCAAGGUAGUGCCCUGGCUACAUAGUGGGUUGAAGAGUCCUUUCUCAGAUCAGUCCUGCUUCUCUACACAUGGCUGAGCACAGGUGAACAGGUCUUACCAAACAGGCCUUCCUGUAGCCAGUCAUGCCUGCCUUUUGGUCUCUCUGGCUCAUGUUUUUUUCAUUUCCAAUCCUGGUGCCUGAGGUGGAAGGAGUUGACACAUUGUCCUCUACUGAGAGGGCUUGAAAGUGGUUCCAUAUUCUAUGUUCAUGGCACCAUUUUAACUUGAACCCUCUCGUCUCAAGCUGCCCAGUGUGGUCUCUCAGACCAGCCACUCAGAUAGACAGGCCAUAGCAGGGAGGUCUAUACACAGUGAUUUUCUUGCUUGUAGCACUUUGGCUUCCAUAGUUUUUUCCUUAGGGUUUAAAAAUAAUGACUAAGGAUGACUUUGGCGUUCCUAGAUUUUUAAAGGAAGGCGACUUCCUUACAUCUACAUGUGACCUUAGAAUGCCACUCGCAUCCCAGUUACUCCAGGGCUGUGUGGCAAAUAGUGAUUGGAUAAUAGCUGGGAAGAACUUUGGAGAAAGCAUGUGAGAAAGCAGGUAGAAGGUCUUGCCACCCCCUCGAAAGGAGGUCGCUCCCUAGCCUUCUUGUACCAGAACUCCCUUCCCAGGAGCCAGUCCACCCGAGGCUACUUUCAGCCAACUCUCUUCAGUUUACCUUUCCUGGCUCAUCUUAUCUCUGAGGAUCAGGGGUCAUGGGGUGAGUUCUGGCUAGAGAUCAGCAAAUGUCUGUGGCUACAUCGGAAGAUAGAUAGAAUACCCUGGGUCUGAAAGGAAGGGUCUGGAAGUAGAGAAGAACAUUCUAGAGAAAGUUACUGAGGUACGAAGGAGCAUGGGUCCUAGGUGGAGGUAGAGGUCCAGGUUUGUAGUCUCGGGUAAGGGACUGGGAUGGUGGGAGGGUGGCAUCUGGGGUUGCAUAAGUGCUGGGUCAAGGUCAUUCUAGGUGCAGCAACAUCUCCAGCUCUUUCCUUUCACAAGUUGGAAGUUUAGCCAGGUGGGCCCUUCAUGGUGCUAAUCUCUAUCAAUCCCAGCCUCACAUUCAGCACAUGCCUUAGCUGUAAUUAAAUUGCCUAGUGCUCUUUUUCUCUCCAAA